CCGGCCAUGUGAAUAUCGCUCCAAAGGAAUUUCUUCAAAAAAAUCAGUUUUUAAUUGAAGAUUUGGCGAAAAAAUGACGGCAGACGACUCGUUAUGGACCAACGAUCCAUAUAUCGCUCGAAAACCCAUCAAAGCUUUGGAGGAAAAAUGGAAACUGGUACCUGCCUUCCUGGAAAUCAAGGGUUUGGUGAAGCAACAUAUCGAUUCCUUCAACUAUUUCGUGAAUGUUGACAUCAAGAAGAUCGUGGAAGCCAAUAGCAAGGUCACAAGUGAUGCGGAUCCAUCGUUUUACUUGCAAUACACCGAUGUUCGAGUCGGAAAGCCAGACGUGGAAGACGGCUAUAAUAUCACAAAAGAAACAACUCCCCAUGAAUGCCGAUUGCGAGACAUGGCAUAUUCGGCUCCCAUUACUGUCGAUAUCGAGUAUACGCGAGGCCAGCAACGCAUUGUAAGAAAAGAUUUGCUCAUUGGACGUAUGCCAAUCAUGCUGCGAUCGUCAAAUUGCGUGUUAACGGGCAAAUCUGAAUAUGAAUUGUCUAAAAUGAACGAAUGUCCUCGCGAUCCCGGUGGUUAUUUCAUCGUUCGAGGGCAGGAAAAGGUCAUUUUGAUACAGGAACAGUUGUCGUGGAACAAAAUGAUCACGGAAGACUACAACGGCGUGGUUCAGUGUCAAGUAACAUCAUCAACACACGAGAAAAAGUCCCGCACGAAUGUGGUCUCAAAGCACGGGAAAUAUUAUUUGAAGCAUAAUUCGAUGACGGAAGACAUCCCGAUCGUCGUGAUUUUUAAAGCGAUGGGAAUUACAUCGGAUCAGGAAAUAAUGCAGCUGAUUGGCACUGACACAGAUACCCAAACGCGUUUCGGUCCUUCGUUGCUCGAAGCAAUUAACCACAAAGUUUUCACACAAGAACGCGCCUUGGAGUACAUGGGCAGCAAAUUGAUGGUGAAACGCUUCCAAACGGCAGCCCAAAAAUACAAAACCCCAGUCGACGAGGCACGAGAUCUACUGGCAACGACAAUUCUCGCUCAUGUUCCCGUCGAAAGCUUCAAUUUCCAAGUGAAGGCGAUUUAUGUGGCAACAAUGGUGCGUCGUGUCAUGCAAGCAGAGCUGAAUCCAGCGUCUUGCGACGAUCGCGACUACUACGGCAACAAAAGACUUGAAUUGGCAGGUUCUCUGAUCGGAUUAAUGUUCGAAGAUUUGUUCAAACGAUUCAAUUGGGAGCUCAAAACGAUCGCCGAUAAAAAUAUCCCAAAAAUAAAGGCGGCACAGUUUGAUGUCGUGAAGCAUAUGAGAGCGGCGCAGAUCACAAUCGGACUGGAAUCGGCAAUUUCUUCGGGUAAUUGGACCAUUAAGCGUUUCAAAAUGGAACGGAUUGGCGUGACGCAAGUUUUAUCACGGCUUAGUUACAUUUCGGCCCUGGGAAUGAUGACAAGAGUCAAUUCUCAGUUCGAAAAGACGCGAAAAGUGUCGGGUCCUCGUUCGUUGCAGCCGUCCCAAUGGGGAAUGUUGUGCCCUUCUGAUACGCCCGAAGGAGAGGCUUGUGGUUUGGUGAAAAAUUUGGCGUUGAUGACACAUAUUACGACGGAAGUGGAAGAAGGACCGGUUAUUCGGUUGGCUUUUAAUGCCGGAGUUGAAGAUAUUCGAGUGGUGGGCGGACAAACAAUCAACGAUCCAAAAGUUUUUACCGUUUUCAUCAAUGGUAACAUCUUGGGCGUUACAAUUGGGAACCAGCGACUCAUUCAAGUGAUCCGGAUGAUGCGACGGAAGGGAUUAAUUGGCGCUUUUGUGUCGGCUCACACGUCACACAUGCAAAGAUGUGUCUACAUUCACACCGAUGGUGGUCGGCUUUGUCGUCCUUACAUAAUUGUCGAACGAGGGGUCCCUCUGGUGAAGCAGGAGCACAUUGAUGAGCUCAACGCUGGUCUUCGCACCUUCCAGGAUUUCUUGGACGACGGAUUAAUCGAGUAUUUGGAUGUAAAUGAGGAAAACGACUCUUAUAUCAGUUGUUAUGAGUCGGAAAUUGAUCCAGAAAAAACGACACAUUUGGAAAUUGAGCCUUUUACGUUGCUCGGAGUGUGUGCGGGACUCGUGCCAUAUCCGCAUCACAAUCAAAGUCCUCGAAAUACGUACCAGUGUGCCAUGGGAAAGCAAGCGAUGGGUAUUAUCGGGUACAAUCAGAAGAAUCGCAUCGAUACUCUCAUGUACAACAUCGUCUAUCCCCAAACGCCGAUGGUUCGUUCCAAGACAAUUGAGCUAACAGGCUACGAUAAGCUUCCUGCGGGUCAAAAUGCAACAGUUGCUGUCAUGUCGUACUCCGGUUAUGAUAUUGAAGAUGCCCUGAUUCUCAAUAAAGCUGCUAUUGAUCGCGGUUAUGGAAGAUGCCUGGUGUACAAAAAUUCCAAAUGCACGGUGAAGCGAUAUACGAACCAAACCUUCGACCGGAUUAUGGGUCCAAUGAAAGAUAGUCUCACAAACAAGGUAAUUUUUAAACAUGAAUGUCUAGAUGCCGAUGGAAUUGUCUCGCCAGGCGAGAAAAUUGUCAACAAACAAACGAUGAUCAACAAGGAAAUGCCAGCGGUGACUUCGACGAACCCCAUUGAGCAACGAGGUGAGCAAGGACAACAAAGUGUCUCCUACAGCAGUGUUCCAAUCAGCUAUAAGGGCACGGAACCAAGUUACAUUGAAAAAGUUAUGGUUUCAGCGAAUGCUGAUGAAGACUUUUUGAUCAAGAUUCUGUUGCGACAAACAAGAAGACCAGAAAUUGGGGAUAAAUUUAGUUCGCGUCACGGGCAGAAAGGUGUCACGGGUUUAAUUGUCGAUCAGGAGGACUUGCCGUUCAAUGAUUUUGGAAUUAUUCCUGAUAUGGUCAUGAAUCCGCAUGGUUUUCCAUCUCGUAUGACGGUAGGAAAAACAUUGGAAUUGCUGGGAGGCAAAGCAGGGCUUUUGGAAGGGAAAUUUCACUAUGGAACAGCGUUCGGUGGAUCUAAAUGUAGCGAUAUUCAAGAUGAGCUUUUCAAACACAACUUUAACUACCUCGGAAAAGACAUUUUUUACUCGGGAAUUACGGGAGAGCCAUUACAAGCGUAUAUUUAUUCUGGUCCCGUUUACUACCAAAAACUCAAGCAUAUGGUGCAGGAUAAGAUGCAUGCAAGAUCACGUGGUCCUCGUGCCGUUCUAACACGCCAACCCACCCAAGGUCGCAGUCGUGAAGGUGGCUUGCGUCUCGGAGAAAUGGAACGCGACUGUUUAAUUUCGUAUGGCGCAUCAAUGCUCAUCAUGGAACGUCUCAUGAUAUCAUCCGAUGCAUUUGAUGUCGAUGUUUGUAAUCAAUGUGGCCUCCUGGCGUAUUGCUCGUGGUGCAACGCUUGCAAAUCUUCCUCCAGUGUCUCAAAGAUUUCAAUUCCUUAUGCAUGCAAGUUACUGUUCCAGGAGCUGCAAAGUAUGAACGUCGUGCCAAGAUUAAAAUUGCAAAACUACUAGAAAAAAUAUGUUAACAACAAUAA